GAUAUCGUGCUACUGUUCACAUUGCUGWACUUACGGGGUGUCGAAGUCGCACUACUCAUGAAGCGAGUACUCGUACUCGUACUACGGUACGUACUGCAUYGGUAAUAUUAUUUUUAAUUCGAAACCUCCGUGAUCGCAAUCUMAUUUUUUAUUUUCUUCAUUGAUGAAAACAACCCAACAGCUUUGUUCUCUUGUGUAGCGAAAAUUCGAACAAUAGGAUGAAGCUCCGCAAGGCUGUGAUCRGCUAUAACAUAGCCUUCUGGGCAUUUUUGAUUGCUAUGUUCCUCGCACAGAUCUUUUKGGGUCUCGGCGCCGUAGUGAACUACUAUGUUCUUUCUACCAUGACUUUUCUUUUCGUCCUCGUCUCGACGUUCCUCGUUUCGCACGACGAGUCUCCACUGACGGAGCAGCCAAGAAACGAAGAUGCAAAGACGGACAAGUCAAAUAACGUGAAAGAAGACAUAGAACCGGGGUCCGAUACGAGGCUGAUUCAUGCCACUCAUGCCACAGCCCCAGUUCCCGUUAAAAAGGGGAGAAUUGAUUGGAUUGAUCACCUCAAAGUAUUGCUCAUUUCUCUCGUCGUUGUGGGACACAGCGCAAAUUCAAUAGUGGGAGCUCCUGGCUUUAUURGCCUAGGCGAAGUCCAACCAGAAAACAGCGAAGGCACGAGCUCCAAUAGCAACUACUAUUWCGCCGUGUGGUUGUGUGGGUACUUUCUGCUCAAGCCCGCAAUUGUCCCACUCUUUUUCUUUGUCUCGGGAUACUUCAGCGCCGCUUCUAGAAUCAAACACGGGCCAAACAAGUUCCUCAAGAAAACAUUUUGGAGGCUAGGACCGCCUGCUAUUCUCUGGUGGCUUGUUGUCAAUCCGGUGAAUAGUUAUCUMGGAUACGCCCUUGUAAAGCCUACCAAUAUGUCUUAUUCUUAUUCACCUGGACAGGCCGCAACAUGGUUUCUUACUUGGCUCAUGGUGUUUAAUUGUUGUUACGCAUCGAUUAAUGUCGAUCAAGAUGGUUCUAUAGGAGGAAGAAAGGAUAUACCGAAAUUCAUGCAGAUAAUGAAAGUUGCUUUGUCGGCGUCUAUAGUACAGGUUAUUGUGGGCGCAUUAGUUCUUUUCUCUAACUCCGGAGGCUCAUUCGCGGAAAUGCCCUGCUUGUUUGUAGGAGAUGGAUAUUUCAAUGCGCUUGGCUACGCAAGUGGGAUCUUGGCCAGGACACAUGGCUGGCUCAUACGCGACAAUAGUGACGAAAGUUGCCAUGACGAUGAUGACAAUCUYGUCAAAAAAUCGAAAGUCUGUGUUGUUGUCGUGACCCUCUUCACGAUUGCUGUUUGCUUUCUUUUCUACGCACCAGGAGCACCAUUCAGUUCAGUAGGAGAAUCAGCUAUGGGAUUCUUGGUUGUUAACCUUUUGCUGUUCAUCCCCGCCGCAUUGUACUCUCCUUGUUCAUGGGUUUGUUUGCUGAGCUUCUUCCAGUCGAGGUCGUUGGCUUCACAGCAGGAGCGUUCUUCAGAAAGAAGCAGYAGUGGUGACACUGACGAAAACAAMAAUAAACGAAGCUUAUCAUUUUCCAAGUUUUUGUCAGGGGGCGCCUUUGCAGUUUAUUUGAUUCAUUACUAUUUUGUCACUCUAUACACGUACUUGUACCUUCAGAUCCUGGACGAGACACAGGACAUACAAGUUCAAUUUGUCAACACAACCUCGACAGCYGAGCCGGCCUUGGGAGAUGGCAACAAAUUCGCUGGUUUUGCCUUUGUGUCGACACUAAGUCUUGUGACAUCUUUUCUYCUUGGAGGGCUGCUCAAAAUGAUYCCAGGACUUGGUAAAUUCGUGUGAAUGAUAGUGACAUUGUCCUCGGGUGUAACAAUGAUGCGAACAAGAAAGAAUAUGUGUAGUAAAGUAACUUGCGCGUU